CUGCUUCCUCCUCUAUAUCCAGCGAACAGCUGCUCCUUAUGGCACCCAUUGCAGUCAAACCAGGUGAGAAGAGAAAAAGAAUUCCAUCUGCUUACAAUCUUUUUCUGAAGGAGGAAGUACAACGCGUUAAAGCCGCCUAUCCGGAUAUACUUCAUAGAGAAGCUUUCAAAAUAGCAGCAAAUAAUUGGGCUCAAAACGUUCGUCCUGCUGGAUCAACGCCUGACAACAAUAAGAAUGGAAACAAGCUUAGCGGCUCCGAUGAUGUUGAUGUUUGUGAUGAGCUUGAUGCCGGAGCUGUGGCGGCAGCAGAGGCGAACCCUAGCGAGGCUGGUAGCUGCUCUGAUGAUGAUGACAAUGAAGGUAAUGAGCCUGAUGCCGGAGCACUAGUGGCAGCAGAGGCGAACACUAGCGAGGCCAGUAGUGGCUCCGAUGAUGAUAAUGAGGAUGGUGAUGAGACUGAUGGCGAAGCAGUAGUGGCACCAGAGGUGAGCCCUAGCAAGGCUGGUGGUGGUGCUGAUGGUGAGGGUAGUGAGAAUACCGACUCAUCUACUGACGAGAGUAAUGGCGACGACAUCCCUCUGAUCUCGAGGAAGACGAAGACGAAGAGGGGGCAUUAGGCGAUAUUUUUCUAUUUUAUUCCCAGCCCUUUUGUUCCAGCUCUUUUCAGAUAUUAGUUAUCUUUUUAUUUCUUAUUUUUUGAUGAUAAUUUCAGAUCUCCAAACCUUAGAACCGUUUAUGUUUGAAAUUUGAAUCUUUAUGA